AUUCAAAAUGGCGACCUCCAUGGCUGAAAAGUUGUCUGGAAAGAGUGCCAGCCAACAAGACCAGUUGCUUGAGGUCCCCCCGGGAUGGGAAGAGCCCAAGUUCACCCCGGAAGACAACCCCCAUGGCGUGCUAGAGGAGAGCUCCUUUGCCACGCUGUUCCCAAAGUACAGGGAGAAAUACCUGCGGGAGUGCUGGCCCUUGGUGGAGAAAACCCUGAGUGAGCAUCAUCUGAAAGCCUCCCUUGAUGUCAUCGAGGGCAGCAUGACCGUUGCAACCACCCGCAAGACCUGGGACCCGUUCAUUCUCGUUAAGGCCCGGGACAUGAUCAAACUCCUGGCACGCAGCGUGCCCUAUGAACAGGCUAUCCGUGUCCUGGAGGACGGCAUCUCGGCCGAGGUCGUCAAAAUCGGCCGGCUGGUGCGCAACAAGGACCGAUUUGUCAAGCGGCGCCAGCGUCUCAUCGGUCCCAACGGCUCCACGCUAAAAGCUGUGGAGCUGCUGACCCAGUGCUACGUCAUGGUGCAGGGGAACACGGUGGCAGCAGUGGGACCCUACAAGGGGCUGCGAGACGUGCACAAGAUAGUCAUGGACACCAUGCGCAACGUCCAUCCCAUAUACAAUAUCAAGACACUGAUGAUCAAACGGGAGCUGAUGAAGGACGAGAAGCUCAAGCACGAGUCCUGGGACCGCUUCCUGCCUCAGUUCAAGUCCAAGAACCUGGCCAAGCGCCGGCGGCCGCGCAAGGUGCGGCAAAAGGCCAAGGAGUACACCCCCUUCCCGCCGGCCCAGCCCGAGAGCAAGAUGGACCGGGAGCUGGCCACUGGCGAGUACUUCCUAAAGGAGAGCCAGCGCAAGGCUCAGGCCAGGGAGAGGAAGAAGGCAAAGCAGGUUGAAGCUGAGGUCAAGCGCCACGAGAAGCGCAACCAAGCCUUUGUCCCGCCUAAGGAGCCCUCGGCGACCAAACCCAAGACACCAACCACAACAGACACCCGGGUUGAUGUGAAGGCUCUGAAGGCCAAGAUCAAGAAAUCCCAGAGAACACCUUUCCGGAACCCAACAGAAGCACAGACAGCAACGUCGGCAAAGCCCGAGAGGAAAAAGGGUAGAGGCGAGAAAAGAAAAGCCAAGCCCUGACGGCUGUGAAAGAAAAUAAGAAACUCUUGAAUGAUACGACUGCUGUGGCUACCCAAAAUCGAUCAUUUUUACAACUUGGGGUGUGCUCAGUGUUCCAGCUUCAUGUGUGCAGUUUUUAGAUAGGAGCAGUUUGCAUCUUGUUCAAGGCUAGACUUCAUUGUUGGAUGAUCUCUGUGCACUGAAACGAGGGCGCAAUGAAUCUUGGCAAGGAGCAAAUGGAAGGCACUAGAAUUCACUGGUCCACGUGCAAGUUCGUCCACUUAUAUAUGGGAGCCAGGACUUGCGUACCAGGGAAAGCGAGGACAGCAUCUUAGCUGGUCCCUGAUCCUUCUCAUACAUCUUUUUAGACACUGAAAGAAGGGAAUGGGAACCAGUCUAAAGGGGAAAGUUAAUAUAUGCAUAGGGCAAAUUCGAGCAUUGACUAUAGUUAACUAGGGUUUGACUAACAUGGCCGGAACUUCAACCAUUUUGAACCAGGCCCAAGGGUUAUGGUCGUACCGCUGGUUUAUCAAUAGCCGAUUUCAUUUAUCAUUACGGGGGAACCAUUCACAUGAAAAUAACUGUACGAGAUUUCAAUGACCAUCUACACUGUGAGAAUCGCAGCCAACGGCAAAAUGUAACGAUGAUA